AGCUGCAAAAAUAACUGGAUUCUCGAUCGGUGUGCGUGGAUUUGUUGAUUGAUCACCAAGAAGUGACGCAAGGCAAGAGGUCGGACACCUGUAGCGGCGGUGCUCAGAAGAAAUGCAAAUUUCCAUUACCAUGUGCCGCACGUCGUGAACUCUUGUUUGUUUUGCAUGUUUGUGUUGCAUUUGGAAAAAAGAUGCUGUUUGGCUAUCGUUAUUAUGUAGCCGACUGCGUUGAAAUUGGCUGAUUGCAUGACCCUGACGGCGUAGCCUUUUGGUUGGACGCAUUCCAAGAAUUUUAAUCUCAGAAGAUUAUAAUGCUUCUGGGCGAGGCGCACUUUUGGACAACGAGGGAUGACUCUGUUGUCAUUCCAGACACUGAUUAUGGGGCUUUCAGGUGUCAUGACAAAAAAGGCUCCCUUCGGUAUGAAGCCAAAAAGUCCUACACCGCAUCAAGAGUCUUUUUGCGGGACAACUCGGGCCAGAAAAGUACCAGCCCUGUAAAGAGGGACAGCUUGAAGGAACUAGAGGAAUUGAUUGCCCAGCAAAGAGUUGUGAAAAGCUGGUGGCAGAGCCACUCGGUUUUACAAAUUUUGUUUUCGUCAGGCAUAUUUGCCUACAUCAGGGUGCAUCCUCUGAAAGGAGAAAUCGAAAAAAUUACGUUUGAUAGAUAUCUUUUGGGUAAACUGGCUGCAGAAUGCAUUACUGAUGUGGCCAGCUCGAAAGAUAAUUUAACAGUCACAUACAGCAGCAACGUUAUCUCAUUGAUAAGUUUACACAAACCUUCAAAGCAUUUAGAAAAACUGAGUCGACAGGAUCCUCACUACAGUACAUUUGAACUUGGUGGUCCCAGUGGCAGACGGCUGGAAAGGAAACUAUCCCUCAACCCUGAGCACAAUUUGGUCUUGGUCUGGUGGCGUUACUCACAAAAUGAACUCUACCCGUGGAGCCCAAUGACCAAGGACUGCGACCGUGCAAAUUUGCUUAUCUACAAAAUAUCAGAGUCAAGACUGGAACUGCAAUGCUUUUACAAAACGGAAGCAGACCCUUUGCUCAUUAAUUUCAGCAAAUUGCACCCAAAUCGAAUUUUCGUCGUGGAACAAAAAGUUGCUUUAAAUGGAGAUGUGAAUGUGGAGAGUAGCUAUUUUGAAACAGGGAAGUCCAGCAUAUCAAGAGCAAGUCCUGUGGAUGUCAUUCAGCUCAAAACAGAAGUUUGUAGUGUGGCUCAAAGCCCAUCAGAAAAUGUUUUAGCCCUAGGAUGUAUCGACGGCUCCGUGCUUCUCCAUUCUAGUAGUGCAUCUAUUCUUGUCAAGUCACUAUUUAUUCCAUAUCACCUUUCUUGGCAUCCUGACGGAACUCUUUUACUUGCUGCCAACGAAAAAGGGCAGACACGGUGCUAUGAUCUCGCACUCACUCCUGUAAAUUUUCAAAUCACAAGCGAAACCCCUCAAAGCUGCAAUUUCUUGGACCUUUCUCCCUACUUUAAAGGGCAACCUCAUUUGUCUAGUAUGUGUUGGAAUAAAAAAUGGGAUGUAGAUCACCAGUAUGCAUCAACAUCUGAUGGUUUAGUGUUUAUGAUGUUUUCACGGGGCCCAUGCGUUGCUCUCAGAGUUAUCAUCGGCUGUGGGCUUGGUACUGGCGAUUCCAGCUUAACGCCAGAGAGACUAGUUUGCAUGUAUUUGAAGUCAAACUUGGUUGAAUGUGCCAUCAACUUGCUUCGCUGUCUCAGUUGGGACAACCAGGGCACGUCAUGCAUCUCUUCGUUGCACCAAAUCAUCAAUUACUUGCUUUCUAAAAGACUGACACCUCGCAUAGAAGUACAAUUGGAGGCAGCCCUAGGAGUUUUUAUGUCUCCUACUGUUCCUCUCAACAAAUCAUCGGAAAAGAAAUAUGGCCAUGUAAUUCACAGUUUAGCUAGACGGUUCUUCUUUCAUAUAUUAAGAUUUGAGCGUUUUGAUCUUGCAUUUCGUUUGGCGAUAGACAUCGGAGACAGAGAUUUGUUCUUGGCAAUUGAGAAUCGAGCUAAUGCAUCCAAUAAUCUUGAUUUAGUUAGAGCUGCUGUUGAUUAUGCUGACCAGCUUAAGGCAGAGAGCAAUGACGAUUCUUCUUCGACAUCGUCACAUUGUUCAAGAUCAUCUUGCUCACAAUGCGACAGUGAAGAGCACACUGAAACAGAAGUCAAGCACUUAGAGUUGACAGUUGCAAAAAACCCAAAAGUAACCUUUGCAGAAACAGUCACUCAUAUUGUGCCUUUCAACGGUAAUGUACAAGAGGACGACGAUAGUAGUGAAGAGGGUGCUGCUGCAAGACCUUUGAUAAAUCCCUCUCUAAAGGUUGGCCCACCUCCAAGCUUUGGCAUGCAAUACCCCAGUUCGUCUAAAAUGAUGCACAUCCCGCCUAGUCCGAAUGUUUCUGGACUGCCUGUUAUUGACCCUGCAGCUUUAAGAGCAGUACCAGGAAAGCACCCUGUUUACCUGAGGGGUGAGAGGUCCCAAACUUUUCAGGGCGCCUCUUACAGGCCCCCUCUGUGGAUGAGCCACUCAAGUCAUUCACUUAGAGAUGCAACAUCAUACAAUCCAGAGACUGACGAUUCCGCGCUAAACGUCCACAUUGCGUGGAAAAGUGUGACUACCCUAACUGAUCCAAGAACAAGAACCUCAAUCACUCAGGUGAGUGAAGCAUUUGAGACACUCUUGAUGCCUCAGGCAAGCAUAGAUAUGAGCAAAGUACGACCAGAAGACUUUGCCGUAGCUGCACGCCAGCAGCCUGCGAAGGGACCUGCCUUAUCCCAAAUCAAAAGUUUAGGCAUGCUCACAAAGCCCUCUGUCAAGGCAGUUUCUCAUGCGGUCCCAUCUGAGUCUGAGGAUCGAACUGCACCAGCAUCUCUUGCAAAUGGUCAUGUUGUCAGUCCUUUGGUCUCCGACGCAACAGCAAGAAGUGGCAUCAGUCAAAGUGUUGAUGAAAAGCAAAGACAAAAUGGACGAAAAGUGAAUAGCAGGCCGACAUUCACAAGCCAAAGUAAAAAUGAAAUUGGUCUACCCUUAAGAAACUUUAAAGCGGUCUUCAGUGAACCUGUGGAUGUUUAACAUAACAAGUGAAUAUGUAAACAAUAUUAGUUAUUUAAUUUCUGACAUUUACUCCAAGCCCAAAUUUCUACCUCUGACAUUGAUAUAUUUUAUAUCAAAUAAUUUUCUAAUGUUUACAUCAUUGUUUUAAGACGAUUUUUAGAUAAAAUUUUUAUUUUGUUUGAAACACUGGUGAGGUUAAUUAUUCUUGGAAGAAAUAGUCCCAACUAAUUUUCAAAAUCUAGUGGAGCUAACUCAAAUUUGAAGUAUUAUGUUAAUGUAAAUAUUGGGAGUGCCUUGGGAAGUCACUUGUAAAAUGUUAAAAAUGAACCUUGAAUUCUUAAUAAAAAUAUGUGAUAUUUAAAAUGGAAGCAUGGCAUUGUGCAGGAAUAAUUUUGACAUUAUGUUAUAAAUCUUAUAAAUAAUGAAACAAGCUUGUUCAGCCAAUUGUUAUAUAGGAACUAAAAUUUAGAAAUGUUAUUCUGAAGUAUUAGUAUUUAUGCAUUCGUUUAUAUAUCUAUUUUUUACGAAUACAGUGAGAAUCUGAUAUUUAUGUUUUUAUACAUUUUUAAGUAUUAAAAAAUUCAAAACGGUAUACGUCACAAUAAAUACUUUCAU